AUGAGUGAAAGGGAAGUUGCUAUUACACCAUUGAAGACGAACCCUAGAGGAAAAUUAGUUGGCAGUCGUCAAAAAUUGAUGAUCAUCAAUUUAUAUAAAACAAAAAUGUUACAACAACCAACGUUAAAAAUAAAAGAAGCGGUGAGGAUUAUUUCCAAAGAAUUGGGUAUUGGGCAAAGGACUGCUCAGUCAACGAUUGCUGAGUAUAAGAAAAAAAAAACUGUAAGUUCACCGAGCAAAACUAAAAUUCGAGCAACAUUUAAAGAAAAAGUUGACGAUUUUGAACGGGACGCCAUACGUAGGAAGGUGCACGAGUUUUGGUUUCGAAAACAGUUACCAACAUUGAACAAGAUUUUAAUAGCAGUUAACGAGGACCCAGACUUGAACAAAAGGUCCACUCUACACUUGAUCAUACGUGACUUAAAUUUUGUCUUCGUCAAACGCGGUAGGAACAGCGCUCUCAUAGAAAGAGAAGACAUUGUGUUGUGGCGUACAAAAUAUAUCGAAGAUAUACGCAAAUACCGAUCACAGGGAAGAACGAUCUAUUACCUGGACGAGACCUGGGUCAACGCAGGUGACUGCAACGACAGAAUAUGGCAGGACAGAACUGUUGCGUCCCGCAGAGACGCCUACGUGUCCGGUCUAUCAAUUGGCGCACCAAAUCCAACUGCCAAAGGGAAACGUCUGAUUGUUGUGCAUAUUGGGUCAGAGGAGGGUUUUGUCGACGGCGGCUUAUUGGUAUUUGAAUCCAAAAAAGGCUCGGCAGAUUAUCAUGAAGAAAUGAACGGCGAUGUUUUUUUCGACUGGUUGAAAGGCGUCAUUCCAUUACUAAAAGACAAUUCUGUCAUAGUAAUGGACAAUGCGCCUUAUCACUCAGUAAAAACUGAAAAAUGCCCAACAUUAGGAUGGAGAAAAAAUGAAAUUGAAAAUUGGCUGGAAGAAAAAGGUGAACAAUUCGAAAGGCCGAUUAACAAGGUACGGCUCAUGGACAUCGUGAAACGCAUUAAACCGCGGUACAAUACAUACGUUGUUGACGAAUACGUGAAGAAGAACAAUAUGACGGUAUUAAGGACGCCACCGUAUCAUUGCGAAGUCAACCCCAUCGAACUAGCGUGGUCGUCCGUAAAAAGGUACGUGAAGUCAAACAAUACCACAUUUAAACUUCCGGACGUAAGACAACUAUUAACCGAAGGUGUCAAUUCCUGCACACCCGAAAUGUGGAAGAACUUUGUACAACACGUCAUUAAAGUAGAAGACAGGUUCUGGAAAGUCGACUUAACUACCGAUGAUGUGAUGGAUAAUGACAAUCUCCAUGUAAUGACAAUCACCGGUGACACAUCGGAUUCAGACGACUUAGGAUGUGAAUCCUUAGAAUAA